UGGAGGUGAUCGCCUCCAUGCCCUACUAGGUGGCCGGCUGCUACUGGACCGGCGGAAAGGAGAAUCAAGCCCGGUCCGUGGAGCCUGCAGCCACACCGCCCAGCACUUCCUCUGCGCCAUGGCUUAAGCCCGCAGUCACCUCGCUUCGCGUCGCCUCGCUCCACCAGGGUCUGUGCGCCGCCGCAGCAGCAGGGAGGGGCGCGUCCCAGACGCCCUAGCCGGGGACUCCUGGACGCCGUGCAGCUGGCCCUUCGGCGCUCGCAGCAGCUGCGUUCCCGAAGGCGUUUGCAGCCGGUAAUCGAGGCACUUUACAGACUUUAUCUUAGCGAUAGCUCUCCCCGGGUGCUCUCUGGGGGAGGAGGGCGAGGUAGUAGGCUGAUUUGGGGAGAAAACGGUGGGAAUCACGUUGGUGGGUAGGGGCCAGGGGCUGAAGGAAGAUUCUAGAGACUUGCUUUAAAGAUACAAAAAGAAAGAGGGCCAGUUUUGCAUCUAGCAUCAUGGCGUGGCCGUGCAUCACACGGGCCUGCUGCAUCGCCCGUUUCUGGAACCAGUUGGACAAGGCGGACAUAGCGGUGCCGCUGGUUUUCACCAAGUACUCGGAGGCCACGGAGCACCCGGGCGCCCCACCGCAGCCGCCACCGCCACAACAGCAGCAGUCUCAGCCCCCCUCGGCGCGCGCGGUCGCCAUAGAGACGCAGCCGGCCCUGGGCGAGUUGGAUGCAGUUGCCCGGGCAACAGGGCCAGCGCCCGGGCCUAGCGGCGAACGUGGGGCGGCGGCGGCGGCCUCCGCCCGGAGUGGGCCGGGCCCCGGCGCGGGUUCCGGCUCCACCUCCGGGGCAGGCCCCGCGGACUCGGUGAUGCGGCAGGACUACCGCGCCUGGAAAGUGCAGCGGCCUGAGCCUAGCUGCCGGCCGCGCAGCGAGUACCAGCCUUCGGACGCGCCCUUUGAGCGGGAGACCCAAUAUCAGAAGGACUUCCGCGCCUGGCCGCUGCCGCGCCGCGGGGACCACCCGUGGAUCCCCAAGCCGGUGCAGAUCACCACGUCCUCUCAGGCUACCGCGCCUAUUCUAGGGGCGCCCAAACGCCGGCCGCAGAGCCAGGAGCGUUGGCCGGUGACCACCGCCGCUGAAGCCAUGGAGCAGGACGCCCCAGGAGGAGCCGGUGUCCUGGCGGCCGGAAAGGCUUCCGGUGCGGACGAGAGAGACACCCGCAGGAAGGCCGGGCCCGCCUGGAUGGUGCRUCGCUCCGAGGGGCACGAGCAGACGCCCCCGUCCGAGGCUCUAGCGCAGGCACAGGCCCAGGCCCAGGCCGGAGCGGCUGGAAAGGCGUCUGGUGCAGAUGAGCGCGACACUCGCAGGAAGGCGGGGCCCGCCUGGAUGGUGCGUCGCACCGAAGGGCAAGAUCAGAUGUCUGUGCCGGCUGCUCAGGUCCAGGCCGAAGAAGGUGGCCCGGCGGCUGGAAAAGCGUCUGGUGGAGAUGAGCGUGACACACGCAGGAGGGCCGGGCCCGCCUGGAUGGUGCGUCGCUCCGAGGGAUACGAGCAGACGCCGCUGCCAGCUGCCCAGGCCACUGGCCCAGAGGGUGGCAAGGGGCGCGCAGCUGCAGAUGCCCUCAACCGGCAAAUCCGCGAGGAGGUGACCAGUACAGUGAGCAGCUCCUACAGGAAUGAAUUCAGAGCAUGGACAGACAUCAAGCCUGUGAAACCAAUAAAAGCCAAGCCUCAGUACAAGCCCCCAGAUGACAAGAUGGCUCAUGAGACCAGCUACAGCGCCCAGUUCAAGGGGGAGGCCAAUAAGCCAACAGCAGCUGACAAUAAGGUCAUGGAUCGCAGAAGAAUACGCAGCCUCUAUAGCGAACCUUUCAAGGAACCCCCAAAGGUGGAGAAACCUAGUGUUCAGAGUUCCAAACCAAAAAAGACCUCAGCGAGCCAUAAGCCCCCGAGGAAGGCCAAAGACAAGCAGGUGGCGUCGGGCCAGGCUGCCAAGAAAAAGAGCACGGAGAGUCCCAGUGCCACCAAGCCCAACGACAAGGAACAAAGCAAAGAGAUGAACAAUAAACUGGCUGAGGCUAAAGAGAGCCCAGUCCAACCUGCCGGAGAGACACAUAAGAAUCAAGGUCCUGUAGCCACAGAGGCAGACAAGGAUCAAGGUCCUGUGGUCCCAGGGCUUCUGAAAGGUCAAGGCCCUGUGGUCCAAGAGCCUCCAAAGGAUCAAGGUCCCAUGGUCCCAGGACCUCCAAAGGAUCAAGGUCCUAUAAUCCCAGGGCUGCUGAAAGGUCAAGGCCCUGUGGUCCAAGAGCCUCUGAAGGAUAAAGGUCCUGUGGUCCCAGAACCUCCAAAGGAUCAAGGUCCUGUAGUCCCAGGACCUCCAAAGGAUAAAGAUCCUGUGGUACCAGGAUCCCUGAAAGAUCAAAGUCCUGUGGUCCCAGAACCUCCCAAGGAUCUAGGUUCCAUGGUCCCAGAACCAGCCAAGGACCAAGGUCCCUUGAUCCCAGAGCCUGUGAAGAACCAAAGUCCUAUGGUUCCAGCUAAAGUUUUAGAUCAAGGUUCCAUGGUACCAGCAUUUCUGAAGGAUCAAAGUCCUGUGGUUCCAGCACCUGCUAAGGAUCCAGGUCCCUUGGUCCCGGAGCAUCAGAAGGAUCAAAGUGCCAUGGUCACAGCACCUAUAAAGAGUGAAGGUCCUAUGGUCUCUGGGCCUGGAAAGAGUCAAAGUUUAGCAGCCCCAGAGCCAGUCAAGGGUCAAGAUGUAGUGGUCACUGAGCAUCUGAAGGGUCGUGAUUCUGUGGUUAUGUCACCUGUAAAGGAUCAAGGCCCUGUGUUCCAUGAGUUUAUGAAGCACCAAGACCCUAUUAUCCCAGCACUAGCCAAGGAUCAAGGUCCUAUGGUCUCCGAGCCUCCAAAGAAUCAAGUCCCCAUGGUCACUGAGCCUAUGAAGAAGCAAAUUCCUAUAACCCAGGUGCCUCUGAAGGAUCAAGAUCCUCUGGUGCCAGCACCAGCAAAGGACCCAGGUCCUACGGUUCCUGAGCCUCUGAAGACUCAAGGCCCCAGGGGCCCUCAGCUGCCCACUAUCUCACCUCCACCCCCUGUCAUGAUCCCAACUGUCCCUCAUGCAGAAUAUAUUGAAGGGUCCCCUUGAUGCCCCACCCCUUGAUGUACCAUCAAAGGAGCUGGCCGUGGAAGGGCUCCUCCCCUCCCAGGGCAGCGAAGACACAGUUAAUCUGCAUGAAACGUGCUGUAUAGUCUUGCUGGAAUCUAAUAAAACUGGUCCUUCUGGUUCA